AUGGAGAUCCACAGAAGCAUGGAGUUGAAAAGUGAGUUGAAGUGCGACGAGGGUCAUACGGUGACCUCCAAAACUGUGAAGCGACCCUUCGAUGUGGCCUUUUUGAUGCUUCCUGAUGACAAGUUGAAGCACAAAGCUGCAAGGAUCUCUGAAGAACAAUUGGCGAGCUUCAACAACAACGAUGAAGACGAGGAGAUAGAAGUGGAAGAUAAGCCACCACAGAAGUUAAUGUUCACGCAGAAACAGCAGAUUUUUGAUGACCCCAACAUCGUCAAAUCCAGAACGACGAAUCUACCGAUCAAUCAGAAAAGUGCAUUCACCAAAGUCAACGUGAACAGCAAGGAUUCGAGGCACUCGCCGAGCUUAUCAGUAAGUCCUGAUCUCAGUUACCAAAGCUCUUUGAGUCCGUCGCCACCAAUCAACAAUCGCACGUAUCAGAACUUCCCUGCUACCAUUCUAACGCCGAACCAGAUCUUCAAGAACCAACAAAUCGCAUAUCAGAACCAGUUCUUGCCUGAAAGCUUUCAGCAUGCCGCUUCAAGCUUAGAAAGCACAUUCUUCAAAGGUCAACCUGAGUUGGUACAACCGAACUUCGCAAAGUUAAGACCUGCAGUGUAUCGUCCCGAGCUUCCGUACAACUACCAUCAGUUCCAAACGCCGGAAAUGCUGAAACUGUCACCUCCUGACUUGAGAAACCCUGCUGCAGCGAUUCUAACCUCACUUUUACCCCCGUCUUUGGCUGCGUUGUCCUUGCCAGCUCAAAACGUGUGCGCAAAGUGCAACAUAUCCUUCAGGAUGACCUCUGACCUUGUGUAUCAUAUGCGGUCUCAUCACAAAAACGACAGUGGGGAUAUGACGAAGAAAAAGAGAGAGGAUAAGCUGAAAUGUCCCGUUUGUGCCGAGUCCUUCAGGGAAAGACAUCAUCUAACUAGACAUAUGACAGCUCAUCAGGAUAAAGAUGAUGAUGAAAAGGACACCAAGAAGGGUUACUGA